CCCCGGCCGUCCGCCUCUGCCUUGGGGCAGGGCCUGCGCCGCCCGUCAGGGUAUCGCUUAGCUCGAUGCCCCACCGCCAGCGGUAGGUAAGCGCUCGGCAGGCGCCCGCGCGGCCGCACCCACAGAAGCUCCUGAGAAAGGACCCCCACGCUCGCUCCCCGGCCGGUGCCAUGGCGGCUGCUGCCAACGACUGCGACGCCGCGCAGGAGAAGUUACAUCCAAGAAAUCUUAUCCCAGAGCUUUGUCGACUGUUUUAUGGUUUAGGCUGGGUAACAGGAACUGGUGGAGGAAUAAGCUUGAAACAUGGGAAUGAAAUCUACAUCGCUCCUUCAGGAGUCCAAAAGGAAAGAAUACAGCCAGAAGAUAUGUUUGUUUGUGACAUGAAUGAACAGGACAUCAGUGGUCCUCCACCGCACAAGAAACUAAAGAAAAGCCAGUGCACACCUCUUUUUAUGAAUGCCUACACUAUGAGAGGGGCAGGUGCAGUGAUCCAUACUCAUUCCAAGGCUGCUGUUAUGGCUACCCUUCUUUACCCAGGGAGCGAGUUCAGUAUUACCCAUCAGGAGAUGAUAAAAGGAAUCCAGAAGUGUACUUCAGGAGGACAUUACCGGUAUGAUGAUACACUAGUGGUUCCCAUUAUUGAGAAUACACCAGAAGAAAGGGAUCUCAAGGAGAGAAUGGCACGUGCAGUGGAAAAAUACCCAGACUCUUGUGCUGUAUUGGUCAGACGUCAUGGAGUUUAUGUGUGGGGGGAAACAUGGGAAAAAGCCAAAACAAUGUGUGAAUGUUAUGAUUACUUGUUUGAUAUCGCAGUGCAGAUGAAGCAGCAUGGGUUAGAUCCUUCAAAACAUCCAGCGGGAGAAAAUGGGAUCUUAUAAAUGACAACAACAUUUAUAUUCAGGUUUCUUACAUGAUGAUGGGAGUUCCAGAUUCCACCUCACGCUGUUAAAACCACAAGGGGGUGUUGUUACACUCGGCUGACUGACAGAUGUUGGCAAUCAGUUUUGACUGUUAAACACAUCCAAGAAGAAAAGGAGAGUUAAAAAACAACAAAAAAAAAUAAGAUGAACAAUCAUUGCAUUUAGAAUCCUGUCAAAUGCUACAGUAGGAGCAAUGAAAAUUCAGAUGCAAAAAAAGAUUUUGAAGAAAGCUACGGAGAACUAAUGUGACAUUUUGUUUGUGUGCUUUAAAAUUUCAUGUUUCAACAACCUGCAUUUUUGAUCCUGCUCUACUGCUACAUCAUUUAACUUGUUCUAGGUCUCCAUUUCUCAAAGUUAUAGUAGCCUUUUUUGUGGGGGAAAAAAGUAAGGACAACCCCUUGAUCAGAAGUUAGGAAUAAAGUUUAAAGCAUGGUUUGAACUGUUGAUUCAUUCACGACAUGUUAAUAAGUGGGGUUUUUUUAAAUUAAGCCAGCAGCUUAUGUUUUUUUGAAUUUUCUUAAUUGUCAUUGUAGUGAUUAGGAAACACAUAAUUUUGUAGCAUGCAUUUGGAAUUUGUCUUGUCUGGGUCUUAUCUGGUUUCUACCUCUUUAAAUUCAUUCACCGUCAGUAAGAUUUUGUUUUUUACAACUUUAAAACAGCUUUUUAUGACCUAUGAUUAGCCAGCCUAAGGUAGAUUUAAUCAAACUGCUCUGCUUUCAAAAUCUCCUGGCAUGGCCCCCCAGUGGCAUCAGUCUAAGCCUUGAUUGACCAACUUUCUGAUUUGAGUAUUGAGACUCUAGUCCCAAGGGUGAAUUGAGACGGGGUAAGCACCAAUUGACCUUGUUUUCUGCUAGGAGCCAUGCAUUCCCAGCACUUCCCCUUGCAUCAUCUCUGGUGCUUUUUUGAGCCAGAAUUAACUCUUCAACCUAAGAGAAAACUACUGCAGAAGUAGGGGGAAGAAAAUUAUUAUAUUGUUUCCUAAUAAGCCAAUGUCCAUAAAACAUUGAAUCAGCUCAGAGGUGGGUCCACAGAAAACUGGAGCUGGGGCAAAAGGGGAGAUGGCUGAAGCCAGAGACUGCAGACAGUGCUUCCCCCAUUUCAGGGGGAUGGCUGUUCAAACUUAGUUGGCUACGUGUGGACAGGCAUUUACCGUGGAUGUUCUGAAGAGUUCAGAAAGAACUGAAAUCUGUGGAAAGUAUUCUGCUAAACCAAGAAGUCAGGAAGAAACUUCUUAUAUUUUUCACUCAUUAAUGAGCAUUUAUUUUUCUUUAGUUAUGUGUGUCAGGCUACUGAUUAUAGCACAACCUAUGCCAUUGGUCUCCCUAGUUACUGGUAAUUGCAUUGUGUUGAACUUGCACGAAAAACAUCCUGCUUUGGCUUGGUGGGUAUUCAUGCCCCCAUGUAAAAGUCUGUCACUGGGCUCUGACAAAAGUCAUUUGCAGUAAGGCAUCGUGGUAUAAUCCAAGCACCUGCUGACCUGGUCCAACCUGCUGGGUACCAGCUGUUUCACCUGUGCCAUGACAGCCUGGUGUAGCUCCAGAGUUGCUGCUAUGCUGACAGUUUGUCAGCAACCAGAUUCCUCUGAUCUCCACAUCCUUAUAGCAGCUAUAGCCUGUCUUUCUGUGCUGUACGAGAGAGCAUGUUGAGCAUCGGCUCCUACCAGACCAAAAGCAGCUGUCAAAGUUGACAUUGAGACCUCAACUGAUUAAGUUACCACUCCACAGGAUUUGCUAGCAGAAACUUGCUGAGUACUCAUCUGCUGAGAUAACAUAACUUCACCUCUCUGGGAUGCUUCAGAUUUUCUUGAUAGGAAAUACCUGAGCUUUGCUCUCAAAUUUUCCUGUCCCUGUCAGUCAAAUAUCAACUGAAGAGUUGUUAAAGGAAUUGCCAUAUAGUUCAGAUAGGCCUCUUUUUUCCCCCUGAUGACUGGACUGCAAGACUCACCAGCAUCAAUUACAAAAUCUCUGCCAUUCUAUUCUUACAUUAAAGAAAUAGCCAUAUUUAGUUCUUUUCUGUAUUUCCUUACACAUUUUAGGAAAAAAAAUAAUAGCAUUGACUGUUUUGUGGUUUACGUCAUUGGCUUGAUUUCUGAACUCCCUUCUCAAAUGCUUGUGCUACCUAAUAAUUAAAAUUUGUAAAUAGUAGUGGUGCUAUGCUGACAGACUUGCAGGUUGCAUUAAGAUUGGUGUCUUGUGACUGUUCAGCGCGUUUGUCCUUCCCUAUUGUACAUAGUGCUGUACCUGCAGUGUGCAACAUUUAAACCUUGGGGGGAGGGUGACCUUAAUUAUUGUGAAAUCGUGGUUAUCACUAAGUUACCACAGGUUGUUGACUAGAUGUGUAUUGUUUGGCAGUGUCAAAUAUUUUGCAGUGACUCCACGUCUUCUGAGUAUAUGUGGAUUGCAGUAAGAACUUGGAUGAAAAAUGUUAUUUUUUAGAUCAAAGAUUGACUUUGGACAGGCUGCAUAUUCCUCUGCUCCACUUAAGCACAAAACAUAUCUCUUGACUAUUUUCAAGACUUAACAGGUACAAAUGACAUGAAGGGAAAACCGACUGUAUUUCCAUUAGCUUUUCUUCCCUUUGGGCAUGCUAAUGAAAAUACUUCUUGAUGUGACAGUCCACUUACUUAGUCUUGAAAUCUAGUUGCCAUCUAUUGAUUGCAACCUUUAAUUCUGUAUUUAAACUGCUAUAUUUCUGUAAAUAUAGUAAGUAAAAAAAAUAAAUUCCUGUGGUAUUCUGAUGAUGCUGUCAGAAUAGGACAUAUUUGUAUCAUUCCAUAAUACUUAUGUUUUCUAAGGAUAAAGAUAAUUUUACACUUGG